CCUGUCCGUGACAUGUGUCAUUGCUUAGUUGUCAGAAAACUAAACAAAAGUACAAGAUAUCGUAUAGUCAUUUAAUUGUAGUGGAUUAGUUUUAAGACACAGAAAAUAAGUUAAUUAAUUAACUUAAUUGUUCCCAAAUAAUGCAUCUUAACGCAGAUAUAUCUAGUGCAUUGCAGCUACUUGAAGACAUUAAACAUAAAGUAGACGAUUUAGGAGAUUCCAAGCUACAAGUGAAUACAUACCAAGACUUGAAUCUUCUUAUAUCUGUUUUGGAAAAUCCAGUUUUUCGGAGUAUUGUGACAGUUCAGGAUUCGAUAAGUGAGUUGAAUCAACAAUUGGGCCAGCAUCCAUCUAUCCUUCCAGUUGAUUUCGAAAUUCCUCCUUCUGGUGAGCUGAUUCUAAAUGUUCCACCAGCUGGUGAUUAUGACCAUGAUUACGCUGACGAUUAUCCAGCUUCUAGAGAUUUUGAUGAACAGAGAGUUCCUUCGGCACCCAUUUCUCCUUGUUCACCCCAAGUACAUACCUUCACUUCUGCAGAGACUAAGCUAGCUUUACUGAAUGGGAAAUCUUUAAAUGGAUCCCUAUGUAAUAAAGAGACACUGAGACAUCUACAGAAUCAAGGUUAUAAUUCUCCUGAUGAGGAUAUCAUACAUAGAUCUCCUUCCGUUGGUAGUGAUGCAUCCAAAACAGGAUCAGACACCAUCAUCAGUAGCGAAUGGUCAGAAGUUGAGAGUAUAGACUUGAUUAAUGAUGGAACUGGUCUUGGUUUUGGAAUUGUUGGCGUGAAAAAUAUGGGGGUGGUUGUAAAAACUAUUUUACCUGGUGGAGUAGCUGACAGAGAUGGAAGACUACAGAGUGGAGACCAUAUACUGCAAAUUGGGGAUGUGAAUUUGCAUGAGAUGGGAUCAGAACAAGUGGCUACAGUUCUGAGGCAAUCAGGGACUCAUGUCAGAUUGGUUGUGGCACGACCAGUUGAUAUAACAGCACCUGAUUAUAAAUAUCUCAGUUCACAAGCACCAUUAGUUCCAACAAGGUUACUGAGUGAUGCUGCAGAGUUAGACAAGUACCUUGUUCAGCACAAAUAUGUUCCAAUGUUUGUAAAAAGUAUAGAACCAAUAACAGAUAUGUCCAUUUACCCCUUUGACCAGACUAAACCUAAGAGUUACAUAGGAUUAGCGAGAAUGCCAGCUUCACCAUCUUUGCCUUUAUUGAACUUAGACCUAUCAGUCAAGAUGCCUGAAAUGGAAAAAUUUGUGGUAGAACUGAAGAAAGAUGCAAAUGGAUUGGGUAUCACAAUUGCCGGUUAUGUCUGUGAAAAAGAAGAAUUAUCUGGAAUAUUUGUCAAGAGUGUGAAUAAAGGCAGUGCUGCAGAUUUGAGUGGAAAAAUUAAAGUCAAUGACAGAAUAGUGGAAGUGGAUGGUCAGUCUUUGCAAGGUUAUUCCAAUUUACAAGCUGUGGAAGUUCUCCGGAAUUGUGGAAGCGUCGUUAGAUUGUGUUUGGAAAGGUACCUACAUGGACCAAAAUACGAGCAGCUCCAACAAGCUAUUGCUGCAAGUGUAGGUGAAAUAAAGCCUUCCGUGAGCCCCUCACCACCAGAAGUACCACGAUUACCUAGCAGUGAGGAUUAUUUUGGAAGGAGCUUAGAUGGGCCUGUGGAAUCAAAAUUCAGCUCGUAUCCUAGAAGCCUAGAUAGCAUCGAAAAUCCACCUCAAUUGACUGAGAAAGAAAUCAUAGCGAAAUGGCAAAAAAUUGUUGGUCCCGAAAUCAAAAUAGUUGUUGCCUACUUGAAGAAAUUUGGUGAGAGAGGUGGACUUGGUAUUAGUUUAGAAGGCACGGUAGAUGUUGAAGAUGGAAAAGAAGUGAGACCUCACCAUUAUAUAAGAUCGAUAUUGCCAGAAGGCCCGGUUGGAAAAAGCGGAACUUUGAGGUCUGGAGAUGAGUUGUUGGAGGUCAACGGACAUACACUUCUAGGCAUGAAUCACAAUGAAGUAGUCAGCAUUUUGAAGGUUUUACCCAUCAAUGUUUGUAUGGUGUGUGGAAGGAGCCCCUCUUAUAUGUACGAACAACAGAGCAGUUCACAUAAUUCCUCACUUUCUGACAGGUCAGUUUUGUCGAGGAGUUUACAUAACCUGGUUCUUGCGACGGACCGAUUAGUCAAAGCAAAAUCGGAUGGGUCCUUGGCUAGUAGCAUUUCAGCGCUGAACAAUUCCGAUUCGAAUUUCAACAAGAUGAAAUCUCGUUCGUUGGAACCAUUAACUGGCUUAGCUAUGUGGAGUUCUGAACCUCAAGUUAUCGAAUUGAUGAAAGGAGAAAGAGGAUUAGGUUUUUCAAUUUUAGACUAUCAAGAUCCUAUAGAUCCUAAUAAUACUGUCAUUGUUAUAAGAAGUUUGGUGCCUGGUGGUGUUGCUCAGCUUGAUGGUAGAUUAAUACCUGGAGAUAGAUUGUUGUUUGUCAAUGAUACUGUUCUUAAGAAUGCUUCUUUAGAUCAAGCAGUGCAAGCACUGAAGGGUGCUCCUAAAGGAAUUGUUAGAAUAGGAGUAGCUAAACCAUUGCCUUUACCUGAUAGUCUAUCUCAUAGUUCAGUUUUAGAAGUAGAUCAAAGAUUCACAUCUCAAAGUGUUCAAGGAUGAUUGUCAUUAUUAGGGGAAUAAUGCAUUGGUCAGUGGAAGGCUUAAAGAAAUAUGCAGCUUUCAUAGUGCUUGAUACUUAUUUUAUUCCAUUGAAGAAUAUUUUUACCUGGGUUCAUUAAUUAUCAGUAGAAAUAAGUGAUACUGAAGUCAUUUGUGAUAAAAUUUUAUGAAGGAUUUAGAUUUCCACAUCAUUUAAAAUUGAGUAUUAUGUAUGUUCAGUAUUAAACAUGUUUAGGGGGGAGGGCAUGACAUUUUUUUGAACUCAAAAUAGACAUCACAUUCACCAGCAAAGACAACUUUUUUACACUUUUACUUUUAAGAUCUUGACAAUACUCAACAACCAGGUACAACCACUGCACAAAGUUCUUGAAAAUUUGCCAUUCUAGCACUCUUGCAUUUUUAUAACAGUUCUCCAAGUCUUUAUAUUUCAAAUCUAUAUACUAUGUGCAGUCAUUUUGUGUUCAAAUACUAGUUCAAUAAUCACUACUUAAAUGAAAGUAUAUCCAAAUGUUAUAAAGAGAAUUUUUAUAUCUAUGAAUAUGGUAUAAUAUAUUAUACUUAUCCAGA